GGACGAGCACAGCGGGGCUGCUGGGAUAUAAAUUUGAGCCGAGGUGUGUGUGGAGGUGUCUUCUGAGCAUUCACCUGACACCAUGACACUGCUGGCUCUGCUGCUGCUGAUCGGAGCUGCUGCUGCAGUUCCCCGUGAAGAUGGCAGGAUCAUUGGCGGUUAUGAGUGUUCGCCUCACUCUCGUCCAUACAUGGCCUCCCUCAACUACGGGUACCACUUCUGUGGAGGGGUGCUGAUCAACAACCAGUGGGUGCUCUCUGUGGCCCACUGUUGGUACAAUCCCUAUUCCAUGCAGAUCAUUCUGGGCGAUCACAACUUGCGAGUGUUUGAGGGAACAGAGCAGCUCAUGAAGACCAACACCAUCAUCUGGCAUCCUAGCUAUGACUACCAGACUCUGGAUUUCGACAUCAUGUUGAUCAAGCUGUACCAUCCAGUGGAGGUGACGGAGGCGGUCGCCCCCAUCCCGUUGCCCACAGGGUGUCCCUAUGGGGGGCUUUCCUGCUCUGUGUCCGGCUGGGGUAACACCAAGCUUGGAGGAGAGGUGUACAUGCCCACCCUCCUGCAGUGUUUGAACGUGCCCAUAGUGGACCAGCAGGUCUGUGAGAACGCCUAUCCCGGCAUGAUCUCCUCCAGGAUGGUGUGUGCCGGAUACAUGGAGGGAGGCAAAGACGCAUGCAACGGUGACUCCGGCAGCCCUCUGGUGUGUGAGGGAGAGGUGCACGGCCUGGUGUCAUGGGGUCAGGGAUGUGCCGAGCCAAACUACCCCGGGGUCUACGUCAAACUGUGUGAGUUCCACUCCUGGUUUGAAGAGGUCCAGGCAGCCAAUCUCUAAAUAAAUGACCACUUUAUUUUCUUCACUUCUCCAACUGGUUCACAGCCCUGGUUUUUAUUGUUCUGUCUUCUCUCUGGUGCCAAUCAAGACUCUUAACACACAUGUGCCAGAAUGUUGAAAACUAAAUAAAAUCACUUGCUAUUCA